UUCCUAAGUUUGAAGAGUUGAUUUAUUAAUGGAAGUGUGAGAUUAAUGCUCUGUUUAGUUCAUAGUCUUCCAUGGAUUCUUUCUGAAGGAUGAGCAGAGGGAAUUAUUUCUUGGUGCACCUCUCAGUUCAAACUCAACUGUGAUCGUGAAGAUUUUUGAGGCCAGGCUUCAAAAUUCAACUCUGUGAUUGAGAUUUGAUUGCUUUUAGAAACAAACUGCAUCACAUUCCAUGGCGCAGAAUGUUUCUGUCCCUCUCAUCCUCCCAAACCCACCCACAGCCUCACCGUCAAACACCACAUUCCCAAAAACCCUAACCCUAACCCCUCUUCUCCAAGACCUAUUUUUUAACAAAAAACCCUCUUCUUCGCCUCGUCUAUACGUCACCACCUCCACCCACCCCACUCCCCGCCUCUCACCUCAGGCUCACCGAAUUCUCCAAACUCUAAUCCACCCUUCCUUCGAUUCCAAUAGCUUCCACCAAAUCUUCCCUCCCCUAUUCCACCAACCGGCUUCUUCCUCUCUCUCCUCUGACAUUCUCGGCAUAAUCAAGGCUUUAGGGUUUAACAACAAGUUCGACCUCGCAUUGUCCGUCUUUGAUUUUAUUCGAACCCGAAACGACCUCGUUUCGCUCUUGAACGGUUCCGUGAUUGCCGUGAUUGUCACCCUUCUCGGUAAAACGGGUAGGGCUUCCCACGCGGCGUCGCUGCUUCACGAUCUAGAAACCGACGGGGUUGAGGUUGAUGUGUAUGGCUACACUUCUCUCAUAACUGCUUAUGCAAAUAAUAGAAAGUACAGAGAUGCACUCAAGGUGUUUGGCAAAAUGAAAGAAGUGGGGUGUGAACCCACCUUGAUUACUUACAAUGCAAUUUUGAAUGUUUAUGGGAAGAUGGGCGUGCCUUGGACUAAGAUCAUUGCUCUUGUUCAGGAUAUGAAGUGCCGUGGCCUUGCCCCUGAUUUGUGUACUUACAAUACCCUUAUAAGUUGUUGUAGGGCGGGUUCUUUGUAUGAAGAGGCUCUUGAUCUUUUCGAGGAGAUUAAGGUGGCUGGAUUUACACCUGAUGUGGUUACUUAUAAUGUGUUGUUGGAUGUUUAUGGUAAGUCCAGGAGGCCGAAAGAAGCCAUCGAGGUUCUGAAACAGAUGGAGCUGGAUGGUUUUCUGCCUAGCGUUGUUACUUACAACUCGUUGGUGUCGGCUUACGUUAGAGGUGGCUUGCUGGAGGAUGCCUUGGAGCUUAAGAGGAAAAUGGUGGAGAAAGGGAUUAAGCCUGACGUUUACACUUAUACUACGCUUUUGUCAGGGUUUGUGAAAGCGGGGAAAGAUGAGCUUGCAAUGGAUGUUUUUGGGGAAAUGAGAGAUGUGGGGUGCAAGCCUAAUAUAUGCACCUUUAAUGCGCUUAUUAAGAUGUAUGGUGACAGAGGAAAGUUCGAGGAAAUGGAGAGAGUUUUCAAGGAGAUCAAAGUGUGCAAGUGUUCCCCUGAUAUUGUUACUUGGAAUACACUUUUGGCAGUUUUUGGACAAAAUGGAAUGGACUCUGAAGUGUCGGGAGUUUUUGAAGAAAUGAAGAGAGCUGGGUUUGUGCCGGAGAGGGACACCUUCAACACUCUGAUAAGUGCGUAUGGCAGGUGUGGUUCAUUUGACCAGGCUAUGUCUGUUUAUAAGAGAAUGCUGGAGGCUGGAGUGAGUCCUGAUCUUUCUACUUACAAUGCUGUUUUGGCAACACUGGCUCGAGGAGGGCUUUGGGAACAAUCUGAGAAAGUACUUACUGAAAUGAAAGAUUGUGGAUGUAAACCUAAUGAGGCAACAUAUUCUUCUUUGCUCCAUGCUUACGCCAAUGGAAGAGAGGUUGAAAGGAUGAAUGCUCUAGCAGAGGAAAUAUACUCUGACAGAAUUAAAACCCAUACUGUUCUUUUGAACACACUUGUUCUAGUAAAUAGCAAGGUUGAUCUUGUAGAACAAACUGAACGUGCAUUUUUGGAGUUUAGGAAGAGAGGAAUCUUGCCUGAUAUUACUACUAUGAAUGCAAUGCUUUCCAUUUAUGGGAGGAAGAAUAAGAAGGGAUCCAAAGCCAAUGAGAUUUUAAACUACAUGUAUGAGAGUGGAUUGACUCUAAGUUUGACUACUUAUAAUAGCUUGAUGUAUUGGUACAGCCGCACAAAAAAUUUCCAAAAAUCAGAGCAAAUCUUGAGGGAGAUUCUGGAUAAAGGUAUUGAACCCGAUGUUGUCUCAUACAACGUAGUUAUUUAUGCAUAUUGCAGAAAUCGCAUGAUGGAGGAGGCAAAAAGGAUAUUUGAAGAAAUGAAAGAUCCUGCUCCUGCUCCGGAUGUUGUAACUUACAACACAUUUAUAGCAACUUACGCAGCUGACUCAAUGUUUGUGGAGGCCAUUGAUGUAGUUCGGCAUAUGAUCAAGCAAGGAUGUAGGCCAAACCAGAAUACUUACAACUCCAUAGUUGACUGGUACUGUAAGUUGAAUUUGCGAGAUGAGGCAUGCAAUUUUGUUCAAGACCUUGGCAACCUUGAUCCACAUAUUGCUGAGGAGGAAAAAAGCAGGUUACUUGAGCGCAUAACAAAGAAAUGGUCACAAGUUAAACCAUGAUUGAGAGUCUCUGGAGCCUUUUUAUUGGAAACUUCGUGAUCCCCUUGUCCAUUCUCUUAGGCUCUAUUUAGAUCAACUUUUCAAUAAACACUUCCAGGACAAGAAAUUCGAUGUCAAAAUGAUUCAGAAUUUUCUUAUGAUAUAAAAAUAAUUUAUGCACCUCAUGAGGAGUUUUGUAGCAAAUAAAGUUUAUAAAAAGAAUAUGUAUAAUAAGUUUUAUUCAUCUUAUUAUCUUUUUUCUAUAAACAUGUAACUUGGGAAAGUUUAUCUAAAUGAGAUCUUAGUCUUUUCCUUCUUAUCAA